CGCGGCCGGCGCUGAGCACGCGUUCGCCACGAGCCGUUGGUUCACUCGCGGCUGGACGCUGCAGGAGCUGCUGGCUCCCGCGCGCGUCGUCUUCUUCGACGCCGCCUGGGGAGUCCUGGGUGACCGCAAGGAGUUGGCGCGGACGAUCUCCGAGAUUACCAGGAUACAUAUCGAGGUCCUGGAAGCUCGUAAGCCUAUCCGGAGCUAUUCGAUUGCUCAGCGGAUGUCCUGGGCAGCUGAUCGUAAGACUAGCCGCGAGGAAGAUAUUGCGUAUUGCCUUCUCGGGAUCUUUGAUAUCAAUAUGCCGUUAGUAUAUGGCGAGGGAAUGAAGGCAUUCACUAGACUUCAGCAAGAAAUUGUCUUGGUUUCCAAUGACCAGAGUCUCCUUGCGUGGGACUUGUUACAUCCUACAGCUAACUCCGCCACGAGUGCCCUAGCGCACUCCCCCAAUGAGUUUCGCUUUGCCGGCUCAAUAGUUCGAAACAGGGAUAUGCAGAGACGUGCCUAUUCCGUUACUAAUUUAGGUAUAUCAAUACAACUCGCUCUCAUUGAGACUCACGUCUCCGGGAUGGUUUUAGUUGGCUUGAAUUGCUCCAAGGAGCUGUACCGGGAAGUUCCUCAUACAGAGUUCCCAAACGGUGUUAAGCUACACAGGCGCUUUCGGAUCUGGAUUCAUCUGUGCCGUAUAACAUACGACACUUAUUCCAGGGUGCAUCAUCCAUCAUCCAAGAUAUUUAUGGGAAAGUCAUACGCAACUUUAGGGAAUCCAACACCAACUGAUCUAUUUUUAAGUCUUAAAUCACCUCAACCUUCCAUAGAAGGGCCCACCCACAGCCUUCCACAAAAUUUGGGAGGAAAUUGGAACGAUUCAAUUUCGAGUGUCCUUGUUACUGUCGCCGCAGGGAAGUUGUCGCAGUAUGGACAUACCAUGAAAGAAGUAUCCCCACUGGGCCAUUUUUCAAUUGUCCCAUUGAAACAUCCAGGCGCAUCUACAAUGUCACACCAAUUGAUAUCCUGCGACGGCCGUUCUUUGAUAUUCUCGGUCUUCUGGAAUGAAUACUUUUGGCCCCAUGCAUGGUUAUACACAGUCAUCCCAGAUCCUGAGCUACAGGUCUGCAGCGAAAUGGCUCGUCAGGUACAAUGGAAUUGCCUUUUCGAAACACAUGGGCAUACUCAGUCUAAUCAAUGUUGUAAUAGCGUAGCUGCUAUGCACUCACUCCACAAAGGGAUAUACGAUGUAUAUGGGGGCUCAUUAGGCCCGGCUUCGGGGGUAGAAAUGGACCCGGUAGUCAUUGUAGAGAGUUCUGCUCUCAAGGAUGCAUUUCAGAAACCUGUGCUGAUAGUCAGCGUUAUUUUCCAGAGCAGCAGAAAGUUUGCCAUUGCCUAAUUCAGUGUCGCUUUACCUACGUCUCCAGUGCCGCAUACUGAACACCGGGAACUUCUCUGUACUGCGAUAGGUUCACUAGCUUCACUCUUAUCAAACACUACGUGUUACUUAUACGAC